UGAAAUGUCUGGGAAAAUAACACCUCAGGAUUUAUCUAAAAUCGCCCAAAAUGUGGAAAAUCCCUGUGUUAUUCGUAACUUUGGGGUGCCCUGGGCAUCUUUGGGAUCUAAUUUAGCGAAGUGGUGUGAAAAAGUGGAUCAAAUAUACCCUGAAGGAGUAUCUUUUGAGAAGGCUUCCCAGAAGCACGGAUCGGAGCCUCAGUGGGAAUGUUUCCGGGAGAAAACCCCCAGAAUGACAUUGAAGAGCUUUCUCAUGUAUUCCUCGACGGAUAAUUGGCUGUCCUACGGAUACAAGAGCUUGAGGGAUUUGCCGGAAGGCCUUAAGGAAGACAUAGAUUUCUCACCGUUGGGCUUUCCAGAGAUCAAGGACGAUGCCACACUGUGGCUGGGCACCAGGGCAGCCCACACGUCCUGCCACUACGACACCUACGGCAGGAACAUCGUGGUGCAGGUGUUUGGCCACAAGCGAUGGAUACUCUUCAGUCCAGAAGUGGAUUUGCAGGCGACGAGGAUUCCAUUUGAAGAGAGCAGCGUCUAUAGUGGCCUGAACUUUUUCAGCCCUCGGGAUCUUGGUCAGUUCGAUAGCGUCAAAAAGCUGGCACACAUCGUCACUCUGGCUCCAGGAGACGUCUUGAUAGUGCCUCCCAGAUGGUGGCACUUUGUGGAGAAUCUUGAUACGGCUCUGGCCAUUAAUGCCUGGAUUCCCAUCAAGGAAGACAUUGACCAUCAGAUUAGCGAGUGCUUUGUGAAGAGCAUUAUUGUCCAAUUUCUCAGGGAUGUUGAUUGUAAAAUCAAAAAAUUCCUGGUGAAUCCAAAUGAGAUGGAAGUCUUUGAAGAAGAUCCAAAAGAACUUCUCGAGCAACACGUGAAAAUUCUUAAUUACCUGAGAAAUCUCAAGCGGUCCAAAAGUACCCAGAAAAACAAAUUUUCUGAAGAGGAAUGGGAAGAAUUAUUGGAGAGAAAUUCAGUAGAAAUCGUCCAGAAAUCGACCGAGGAAGAAUUUCUAGAGAUCCUCAAUGGGAACAUGAAAAGACACGACGAAUCUUGGAAUAUUCCCGAUCUGAGCGAGGAAGAACAACUUCUGAUCAACCAAUUGACAGAGUUUAUUAAUUCUCUCACUGAUGCUGAAGCCAUUAGCAAAAUGAAGAAGCAGUACUUGAAAAUAUCAUGACUUUUGUAUGUAAUU